AUGAAAGACAUUCGGAUCCAUCGAAUCUAUCCCGAAUCUGAACGUCGUAAACAUAACAUCAUUCAAGAUUCUGUACGAGAAUCAGUUGAUUAUAUUGAAGAAUAUACCUCUGAAUCCGUUUCAUCGGCUAGCAGACAAUCAGUAUUAUCUGACGAUGUGAGUGUUCGAUCAGAAUCUCCGCCCAUAAAAAUCAUUAAAACAUCACAUUCUUUUAAUCAUCCAUUGAAUGCGCCUUCGUCUCUCCAUACGAUCAGAACUAUUUCAAAACCAACGCCGUCAUUUCGAUCCUAUAUUGUUUCGCCAAUUUCUCCUUUAUACAAAACAGUAUCAUGGAUACCAAUGAAAACACGUCUAUCAAAUGAUGUACCAUCGCUAAGAUCGUCCUCGAAAACAAAUAAACAUAUUGGGAGUUGCCAGACAAUUCCAUCGAAUAUUUCAUUAGCUGUGAUAACUUUUGGUUUAGGAAUAGCUGCAUGUAUAAUUGUCAUUUUGGCCGUACUCUUAGCUCUGAAAAACGACAGCUCAACAACUGUUUCAAGUAGUUACACAUCGUCGUCAUGUGCGGAUAAUUGUAUGAUGUCGAUAACACCAUUCCGUGAUUCAACAAUUGCCUCAUGGCCGUUUGACAGCAGUCUUUCGGACGAGAACAAUAUCUAUUCUGCAUUGUAUUCAAAUCCACCGAAUGUCCCCUACGACACUGGUAAUGUCGGAAAUGCAGUAGUACUAUCUUCAUCACAAUAUCUCUAUGCAAGUACACAUUUUAUGAAUCUCAGUUACCGUAGUUGGACUAUAGAAGGGUGGUUAUUAUUGAGUAGUGUUAGUGGUACUCGUGGAAUAUUUAGUCAAUGUCAAUCGGCAUCAACUACCGAUCAAUGUUUAACACUCAGUAUAAAAAAUCAACGAUUACAUUUAGGUUUUACGAAUGACGAUCUCGAUGGAAGCACUAUUUUAACAACAUCAUCAGUAUUGUGGCGUCACGUUGCUUUUGUGUAUGAUUACACUAAGAUGCGUCAAUCAAUUUAUCUCGAUGGUGUUCUUGAAGCAACCACAAGUGCAUCUGGUCUUCUUGUAGGUCCAUACAAAGGACAAUCGGGCAACAUUUUCAUCGGUCGAACAGAUUCUGGUGAUUAUUUCGAGGGUAGGAUUGAUCAACUACAAGUAUCCGAAAGAGCGAAAUCCGCUUGUGAAAUUUUAAAUGAUGCAACACUGACAGCCUACUAUGCUUUCGAUAUUGGCGCAUCGUAUCUCGAUUCAAGUAUGAAUUAUUUCCAUGGUAUAUCCAACUUAUUAAUCACAUUGCCUGGUCGUGUGAAUUAUGCUUAUUCAUUUCAAUAUGAAUAUUCCUAUUUUCAAUCACAAGGAUUCACCGCAUAUCAAACCGACGAACCAUUCAGCGUGUCUUUAUGGGUCAAUCCAUUCGUCGUUACUGGCGGAACUUUAAUUCAUUUAUCAACGAAUAUCGAUGGUAGUAGUGACGCUUGUUUCGACUUGCUUGCUCUUAGCUCUUCUGGUCAAUUGAUAGGACAAUUGUAUGAAAGUUACGAUUGCUGUGUUUGUUGUGUUGUUAAUCCAUUGAUUAGUUGUCCUUGUCGAGGCUUGAGAAACGUAGCAGGUCCAACGAUGAUCGUAAAUACAUGGACACACAUUGUUCUCACUUAUAGUAGAAGCAAUGGUUUAGCAUUGUAUACCAACGGUACGCUACGUGGUGUAACUGAUGCAUUUUCAUCGUUUCCUGAACCGGCGCCGGAUUAUGAUGUUCGACCAUACAUGAUUGUAGGAAAUCAGAGAAUAGGUGGCGGCUUGCACGGUUGCUUAAGUAGUUCACCGUUGGUUUCUUCCGGUUCCUAUCGUGGCUUGAUCGAUGAGUUACGAAUUUACAGUCGAGAAUUGACAAAAACUGAAAUUUGUUCUUUAUUUCAUGUUUAA